UUGAACAUAAUAUCAUAAUCAAAACUAUAGUAAAAAAGUAAUCGGUAUGUACCACAACUUUUUUUUUAUAUUUUCAUAUUAAUUCCUCGUAAGAUCUCGUUUUCGUUUCUUUGUUUCGUCUAGUUUCUUUACUUUAUCCCACUAAAGAAAAGGAGAGAAGAAGAAAAACAGACUUUAUCAUCACUAGUGUUAUGUUUUAUACUGAUUCAUAUUCUUCGAUCGUCUUCCACUUCCUUGCUACAUGUGAGUGUUUCGAGAAAGUAUAUUCGCGUAUGAGCUACCGUAAAUCGCUACAUCAAGUGUACGCUAGAGAAAUGAGCACAGGGUCAGGCACAAAUAUAGUUCAUUGUUGCCGUAAACCGCCGCACACCGAAUUGACGUUGGGAAGCAAUCAUCAAAGAUUCACAACCGCGGACAUUUACCAACUCUUCAAUUCUCAUUUUCUUGCGCUGUAUCGUGUCGUAAGGGGGGGGGGGGUAAAUUAAUUAUCGCUACAUAAACCGCAACGUGAUAACGCUCAAAAGUUGAGCGCAACAUCGAGUCGCGGAUCGAGUGCGCAAAGACGACUCGCAAAGACGAUCACGAAGAAGGAGAUAACCGGUAAUACUAAUGUAUGGGAAAAAAGAGAUUGGUCGCUUUUGGUCUGUUUUGUUUGACGCGAACAGAAUCUCUGAUUCUUGUUGAAACCAAAUUCUUUUCAGUUCUAAGCGAUACACGGAAUAAGACUUCUCAGUUCGUGUAACUGAGUAUCAUGGACCAGACGAAAAUUCGGUGAGAAGAAAUGUGAUAUUCUUCGAAUACGAUUCGGAAACUCCGUCUCCUUCAAAACACGUUCGACUCAAUUAUUGUCACGUUAAUUCAAGCAAUCCUCUUUCCCCAUGUGGCGGUGGGUGCCGAAGCCAAGGUAUCCCACGCGAUUGAAGGUGUUCACGCGCUAACGUACGAGUAUGCCUGACUGUGAGCGUUGAAUAUCCCUCAAUGUAAAGGGAGGCAAGAACGCUGUGCUUUGGAGGGGUGAUUGUAUAGUAGGGCACUCUGCAUAUAUCUUCAGGUCGCGACUACACGCCGUUCUGUUCCACUGGGCGCGUCGCCGGCCGCGUGCGACAGCUUUCCGCUGAUCACCGGCUGGAACCGAUCGCUGGAUUCCCUCGGCCCUCGAUCGAUUCUCGUGGCUUCAUGGAUCGCGAGCGGCAGCUAGCCGAUCGCUAGCUCGAAUCAGUGGUCAUCUUCGAUGUGCGGUCGUGCGAGAUACGAAACGAAACGAGGUUGUACUGAAUUCGACAUAGUCUCGAUUGAUCUGCAGAUCGGUGAUCGUUCCUGCCAUCGGAGAUGGCACGCUGACCCAACCGCGAUAUAAACGGAACGCUCUGCUCGAUCGAAAUCAAUAUUGAUCGAUGGCGAUCGGGACGGUUAUGAACAAUCGAACGAAUGAAGAGCCCAAAUGUGACAGAUGAGCCGUAAGAAAGUGAUCAUCACGUGUGAAGAGAGUGAUAUUAUAUUCCGGUAAGAUGUAUAUCUAAUGAGCGAAAAAAGAAGAAAGAGAGGAAGAAGAAGCGAAAAGAAGAACCGAGACCGGAGGAGCGAAUGAAACCAUGAAAUGAUCUGCGUCUGGGACCUUAAAAAACGCUCUCGAUAGUGCGACUCGACCGUGCGACUACACGUGAUAAAGACUAACGAGAAAAAUGGUGUUUGAUCCAGCGUACGAGGAGCAGAAGAAGCAAUUCUUCAAGCAAAAUUAUGGCGCCCAUUUACCCGGGUACACCGGACAUUGUCCAACACUCAAAUUUCGCGUUGGGAAGAGGUUCGGUGCGAGCACGGAAGAGAUAAUGAAGGAAUUGUUGGAGAAGAAAAUACUUAAGACUGGACCGUACAGCCCAAACUCCGGUAGAGAAGUUCAGUUGUUGAGUCCGCGGGACAAGGAAAUUAAAAGAGAUUGGAAUAACGAGGCGAGACUUUACAAGGCACCUCCCUACAUCCUAGGAUAUACCGGAUAUAUCCCGGGCUUCAGUAGCAAGUACGGGCUACCUUUCAUGAGAGCCGUGGAAGUCGGCGCCAAGGAGUGGCACGAGGCGCAAAUGAAGCUGCGAGCGCGGCGAGACGCGAUGAGAGCCCAUGCUGAACGAACAGAUCCGAGAAACCUUCUAUCCCGAGCAAGGGCAGACAAUGUGAACAUCGAAAUCGAUCACGGUCAUGAUGAAGACAGAAAGAUCUUCGAUUAUCAUGUCUCACCGGAAAGACCGCCGAUUGUUGGUUACACAGGCCACAUCCCGGGUGCGAGAGGAGAAGUCGCGCUGUCCAAGAGGUACGCUCAGGCCGCCAGGAAAGGGUUGGAACGCGUUCAAAGAGAACGUGAGGAGAGACUGAACAGAGCUAAAGACAUGUCAGCCGUGCAGAGGGUCCUCGAUAAUGCGCAUCUCGACGAGACGGGACACACACGAGCAUAAUUUACGUGUUUACUAUGUAUGUCGAACCUGAUAUUCUCUUAAUCAACUUUAAUUAUACUGAGGGAAAAAAUAUCUAAGAAAUACUCAUUCAAUAGAUAUUAUCAACAUAGUUACUUAAACUAAUGUACAUAUUUUUGCUGUGAAAAAUUUUGCUUAUUUUUUUUAAUUAGAA